AUGUCCCUUCACGUUCCUAUGGCCCAUCGUCCUAAGGACCAGGGCGCUACAAAGGCCGUUAUCCUGGUUGGCGGCCCUUCUCGAGGAACUCGUUUCCGCCCUCUGUCUCUCGACCUGCCCAAGCCUCUGUUCGAAGUCGCCGGCCACCCCAUCAUCUGGCACUGCCUGUCCUCGGUCGCCCGCGUCCCCAACAAGCAGAUCCAGGAGGUCUACAUCAUCGGCUACUACGACGAGUCUGUCUUCCGCGACUUCAUCAAGGACUCCGCCAAGGAGUUCCCCGCAAUCACCAUCAAGUACCUCCGCGAGUACGAGGCUCUUGGAACAGCCGGUGGUCUGUACCACUUCCGCGAUGCCAUCCUCAAGGGCCGCCCUGAGCGCCUCUUCGUCCUUAACGCCGAUGUCUGCUGCUCGUUCCCCCUCGACGAAAUGCUCAAGCUCUUCAACGACAAGGAUGCCGAGGCCGUCAUUCUCGGAACCCGCGUGAGCGACGAGGCUGCCACAAACUUCGGAUGCAUCGUCUCCGACGCCCACACUCGUCGCGUUCUUCACUACGUCGAGAAGCCCGAGUCGCGCAUCAGCAACCUCAUCAAUUGCGGUGUCUACCUCUUCGCCACCGAGGCCAUCUUCCCCUCCAUCCGCACCGCCAUCAAGCGCCGUCUCGACCGCCCCUCUCGUCUCGUCUCCUACCCCUCUUCCGAUAACCUCGAGAAUAGCUUCGUCCUCUCCGCCGAACAAGACGACGAUGAGGAGGAGAAGAAGGUCAUCCGCCUGGAGCAGGACAUUCUCUCCGAUAUGGCCGACAGCAAGCAGUUCUACGUCUACGAGACCAAGGACUUCUGGCGCCAGAUCAAGACUGCCGGCUCCGCUGUCCCCGCCAAUGCGCUCUACCUCCAAAAGGCCGCUCAGUCCGACCUCAGCGAGGAGCUCGCCGCCCCCAGCGCAAACAUCGUCCCUCCUGUCUUCAUUCACCCUACCGCCGAAGUCCACCCCACCGCCAAGCUCGGUCCUAAUGUGAGCAUUGGUCCCCGUGUGCACAUUGGCGCCGGUGCUCGUGUCAAGGAGAGUAUCGUCCUCGAGGACUCUGAGAUCAAGCACGACGCUUGCGUUCUCUACUCCAUCAUUGGCUGGGGUAGCCGCGUUGGUGCCUGGGCCCGUGUUGAGGGUACCCCCACACCCGUUGGUAGCCAUUCGACCAGCAUCAUCAAGAACGGUGUCAAGGUCCAGAGCAUUACCAUCCUGGGUAAGGACUGCGGCGUCGGCGACGAGGUUCGCGUGCAGAACUGUGUCUGCUUGCCAUACAAGGAGUUGAAGAGGGAUGUCACCAAUGAAGUUAUCAUGUAA